AUGCCGUCUCUCGAAUUGCAACCGUCGUCGUCUCGGGCCGUAGACCAGUUCGAGGAGAACCCGGGUACCAAAGCCGACAUUGACCUCGUCGAGAGUGCAGGAGCUGGCCGGGCGGCCACCUACGAGGAGUCUGUGGCUGCUCGUCUUCCCAAAGCCCAUCGAGAUUAUCUCCUUGAACGCCAUGGCACUUUGGAACUCGAUCCUAUCCCCAGCAUGGGACCUGCCGACCCCUACAACUGGCCUGAAUGGAAGAAAAUGGUCAAUUUAAUCCUGGUGGCAUUCCACGCCUGCAUGGCUACAUUCACCGCUGCUGCCAUCAUCCCCGCCUAUUCCAACAUGGCAGAGGAUCUUGGUGUCACUCUGCAACAGGCCAGUUAUUUGACCUCUCUGCAGAUUGCCAUUCUGGGAGGUGCACCGCUCUUCUGGAAGCCUCUGUCCAACCGGUUCGGCCGUCGGCCCAUCUUCCUGCUGUCGUUGAUCCUCAGUUUGGUCUGUAACAUUGGCUGUGCCAAGAGCACGACUUAUGCAUCCGUAGCGGCGUGCCGUGCCUUGGUGGCUUUCUUCAUUUCCCCUGCCUCGGCCAUUGGUAGUGCCAUCGUGAUGGAGACCACCUUCAAGAAGGACCGCGCCCGUUACAUGGGUAUUUGGACCUUGAUGGUCACUCUGGGAGUCCCGAUCGGUCCGUUCAUCUUCGGCUUUGUGACCUACCGGUUGAAUUAUACCUGGAUCUAUUGGAUUCUGGCUAUGAUCAACGGUGGCCAGUUCAUCUUGUAUCUGUUCUUCGGACCAGAGACCCGUUGGAUUGGCAGUGGUGUCGAUCGCGAGGAGCCUAGCUGGAAGACUGAAUAUAUGUCUCUCCGACGCAUCGACCCAACUCCUCUGACCUUGUGGGAGUUUGUGCGCCCAUUGACCAUGGUCCGCCGCCCGUCCAUCGUCAUCCCCGCCUGUGCAUACGCCAUGUGCUUCCUGUGGGGUAACAUCCUCGCGACCGUCGAAGUUCCCCAACUCCUGCAAGAGAAGUUCGGACUCAACGCCGAACAGCUCGGUCUGCAAUUCCUGGGUGCCAUCAUCGGAUCCCUGAUCGGUGAGCAGAUGGGCGGCGCGCUAUCCGAUUACUGGAUGAAGCAGCGUCAGCACCGUCUGGACCGUAAGCCCGACCCAGAAUUCCGUCUGUGGCUGAGCUACUUUGGCUUUGCCCUGGUCAUCAUCGGUAUCGUUGUCUUCCUGGUCUGCACGCAGGAGUCCCCUGCCGGCCACUGGAGUGUAUCCCCCAUCAUUGGCACAGGUAUUGGCGCUGCUGGAAAUCAGCUCGUGACCACCGUCAUGAUCACCUAUGCCGUAGACUGUUUCCCCCAAGAGGCUGCCAGCGUGGGUGUGUUUAUCACCUUUGUGCGACAGAUUUGGGGAUUCAUCGGUCCCUUCUGGUUCUCGCCCAUGUUCGAGACUGUCGGUGUCGCACCCAGUUCUGGAAUUGGCUGCGCGAUGGUCUUCGCCGUCAGCGUUGUCCCAACUAUCGUCCUGCACUGGCGUGGAGCUAUCUGGCGUCGGAGCGCAAACGAAGAGUAA